AUGACAAAUCUAACACAAAAUACUGCUCUCGCGGAGGAAAGAUCCGGCUCAGCACCAGACACCAAGCCCUUAAAGGACCUAGAAUCACAAUUCGACUCUAGUACCCAAGAACUCGAAUCCCCACAAGAGGAAGACCUAGGUUACGGCGACAACUCCAAUGUCCCACAUCUUGGAUAUCUGAGGCUUUUUUGGUUCUUCUUCUACAACUUUGGUCUUUUUGCCUGGGGAGGUCCAGUCGCACAGAUUGCUCUGAUAAAAGAGCGAUUGGUAAUAGAGGACAAAUGGAUAACACUCGCACGGUUUCAGCGGGUUUUUGCCGUCUACCAGAUCCUCCCUGGCCCUGAAGCGACGGAAUUGUGUAUGUUCUUUGGAUGUCUGUCUGCCGGGAGAAUCGGCGGUUUAGUGUCUGGACUUGGCUUUGUCCUGCCAGGGUUCUUGUUGAUGUUGCUGGCGAGUUAUCUCUACUCACUAGCGGGUUUCGAUAACGUAUACUUCAAUGCAUCUUUUCGGGGUGUCCAGCCAUUAGUUGCGGCAAUGGUAUGCCCCUCCCCCUCCCCCUCCAUCUCCGCAUCUCAAGUUAACAACGUAGAGAUCCUCCGGGCAGCCCACAAAAUCGCCGACCAUUGUGUCAUCGAUCCUACUACGAAAAGGGUCAAGCCAUACUUGAUCAUCGCGGGCCUAUGCACCGCCCUCAAUACCGCCUUGCGGAUAAACAUCUUUAUCUCCCUUGCAUUCUAUGGCCUCCUCUACGCCCUCAUAUCCCAACCACGUAUGCUCCUCCCCUCCGCCCUCAUCUUCAUCCUCCAAUACGUCGCGUAUACCGUCUAUGUCGUCUUCCGCGGAGUACCUUCUCCCGUAUCACUCGCCUUGGGAAUUGCGCAAACUCCCUCGUUGAUAAACCUCUUCGUCCUCGGUCUCGUGGCCGGAAAUCUAUCAUUUGGUGGGGCGUAUACCACUAUUCCAUUUAUCCAUGUGGAAGCAGUGCUCAAGGGUGGCUGGCUAUCACAAAGCGUAUUUAUAGACUGCAUCGCUAUAGGAAACAUUCUCCCCGCACCAUUGGUUCUCUUUUCAACAUUCGUCGGAUUUCAGGGUGGCCUUGCAGAUGGAAAGGGCGUUGGAGGGGCAUUUGCCGGCGCUAUAGUCAUCACCCUGGGAAUACUGUUCCCAUGCCUUCUCUUCACUGUUGCAGGACAUGAGCUGUUGGAAAAAUUGGUGCGGAAUAGGUUUCUCGCCAAGUUUUUCGAUGGGCUCUCUGCCGCCGUAGUGGGUGUGAUUGCGGUUAUCGCGGUGGAGAUAUUGCGGUCUUCGGUUAGCGGACGGAGUGAGGAGGGUAUGGGAGGUGGCGAAGCUUCCGGUGAGGGGGACGUGAAGAUAGUGGUGAAGCGAACAGCCAUGGCUGCAAUGGCAGCGGUGCUAUACAUCGUCGGGUUAGCAGUCUUGUAUAGGUUUGGGAACAAGUGGGCCCCUUUGCUAUUAUUGGCCGGUGGGGCUAUUGCAGGACAGUUUCUAUUUGUU